UGGCAAGAAGUGUGCGGACCGCGCUGUGCGUACGAGUAUUUUGAUGCACGAGCCACUUGCAAGACACGGCUAUCUUAUUUCAGAUCCGGGUCUUCAGCUAUUCGGCAACUCCCCAUUAAUCGAUGCUACACAGCAAUAACGCGGCAGAAGAAAGAUCCAGCAGAAGGCAACAACAGCCAAAGAUUGAAGGAGAGGGGAUCCGGCUUCCGGCGAAAUGGCUGCGCCGCCGCCACCUCCGCCGUCGCUGGAGCCGGAGAUCGGCCCCGACGGCCUCGCCCGAGACUCCCCCGUCCUGGCCUACACUGAGAAGGUCAUUGCGGAGGAGCAGCUGCAACUGAAGAAAUAUAUUCAGGAAAAUUAUUCCAAAAUUCGGGAUGUUGAGAAGGAGCUAGAGAAUCUGACUCUAGAAGUUAAACUGACAGCUGGACCAAAGAAAGCAGCACUCGAGCAUUUGAGGAAAAAGAUUGAGAUGUCAACUGAGAGAAUACGUUUGGCUAAGGUGAAAGAGGACGAGGCAAAAAAGGCCUGGGAAGCUGCUGCACAAGUUGUUAAAGAGGAAGAGGAGGCUAAGCAGAGGCUAUGUGAUGAUCUGAAUCGGUUGGUUCAAGAGAGUGCGGCUUCACAAUAUUCGAGGUUAGAAGAGUUAAAGAAGCGUUUAGAAUGUCUAAAUCCCAUCAGGGCUUCUGUCGAUGUUUCUGGUAUCAACAUUGUACAGCAGGCUGCCACAAAUUCGGUACCUCAGCAACCCACUUCACAAAAUCUAGCGAAUGCAAUUGCCCCUGCAAGCAAUGUCCACAAGCCCGCCACCAGCGGAUCACAGCAACAAAGACCCGCUGAGGCGGAAAGGAAGCAGAGAUCAUCAAACUCGGGAGGAAGAGGGAGAGGCGGUGUGAUGGUCCUCCCCAAGGGAAGGGGAAGCUCUGGAUCAGGAUGGACAGGUGCUGGGUUUGAGACAUGAUGCUGGGAUCCGUAGUUAUAUAUACUUGAAAGAAUUUGGCAUGGUUGUCUUGGUAUAAAACGAUGGCUUGGUUGGAACUGGAAGGUUGAAAGUGUAAUGGAAUGUCGAUCCUUUUUGGAUGUAUAUGUUGUGCAACAAUAGAACAUGUUAUUCUUGAGAGCUGUAAGUUGUAAAACACCUAUAGUUUAACUGCGAAUGCAGUCACUUCAUUAUUAGUAAUGGAGUAAAUAUGCUGCUAA